AUGGAUACACAAAGCAAGAAACAGAAUUGUCAAUCUGAUGAAGCUCCUUCUAGCUAUGGAAUUGAUCGCCUGCCUCAAGAACUUGUCCUUGAUAUAGCUUCCAGGCUUCCCGUUGCAUCUUUACUUCAAUUCACGUUUGUUCGCAAAUCGUUUUACAACUUGUCUCAUAAUCCAGAGCUAGUGAAUUUACACCUGUCUCGUGCAGCAAAGACCGAUCCUUGCAUUAUUAUGAAUGCGGAUAAUCAGCUUUACUUUCUUGAAUUUUCUGAUCAUGGUACGGAAGAAGGGGUUGUGAGGAAAAUCAGUAUCCCUUUUGCAAAUAAUAUGCCAGAAUUCAAAGUGGUUGGUUCAUAUCAUGGACUAUUGUGCAUAUAUGAUUCUCUGCUUAGUAAGGGACUUAAUGUGUACAAUCCUUUUACAAGGGACUACAAACAUCUUUCUGAACCAAUAGAACUUAAUGUGCAAAAAUUGGUUUUUGGGUUUGGUUUUAGUCCUGCUACCAAUGAGUACAAGGUGAUCAAGGUCAUACAUUAUGACCCUGGGAACUUAUGCAAAUCAGAUGUUCAAGUAUUUGGUCUUGGUAGCAACAGAUGGAGAACUAUUGGGGAAGUUGCUUAUAGUUUUGAUCCGUUUUCUGAAGGAAUUAUGUUAAAUGGGAAGAUGCAUUGGCUGACUCUACUUGGAAAUUAUUACGGACGUUAUGAUAGACUUAUCGUUUCCUUUGAUUUAUCUGAUGAGGUAUUUGGAGAGUUGCCAAAAGUUGAUUAUGGUGUAAACCCAAGUAUUGUUCAGUUUCAACUAGUAGUUCUUGGAGAUUGUCUUGCUGUUGCUCUAACUUUACCUCACCAAAAUGGGGGAGGAUUAGAAAUUUGGGUAAUGAGAGAAUACAACGUGAAAGAAUCUUGGGUGAAGGAGUUUAUAAUUGGAGCUUAUACACCAAAUCCAAAUUCUGUGAAAGUUUUGUGCUUGAUGAAGAAUGGAGAGCUCUUGCUUGAGUACAAAGGUGGAAAUCUGGUUUCAUAUGAUCCCAAAAGUGGUGUGUUUAGGACUUUAAGGUUUCAAGGGAUGCCUAAUUUUAUUAAGACAAUUAUUCAUGUGGGCUGCCUUAAUUGGAUUGAUAUCACACCUGCAAAUCUUUAG